AUGACAGCACAGUACGAUGUCAUCCUGUAUGGCGCUACCGGAUUCACCGGGAAUCUUGCUGCGCAGUAUCUUGCGUCGCAUCCCCAGCAGCCAACGCUGGCCUUUGCGGGUCGCAACCAAACAAAAAUCCGAGAAACGAUCGAGAGCUUGACAGGCAUCUCCAAAGAGCGAGCGGAAAGCAUCGGCGUGCUUGAGGCAUCCAUGAACGAUAAUGCAAGCCUGCAUCGCAUGGCGCAGUCGGCAAAGGUCGUGCUGAAUAUGGUCGGCCCCUACGCUAUGCUUGGUGGCUUUGAGGUGGCGCAGGCCGCUGCAGAGAAUGGCUGUUGCUACGUGGAUCUUACUGGCGAGUCGCACGUCUACGAGCACAUCGCCAACGAACUCGAUGCAGUUGCAAAGAAAACGCGUGCAAUUUUGCUCCCAUCGGCAGCGUUUGACUCCCUCCUCUUUGACCUUUCUACCUACCUUGCCGUACAGCAAAUCAAGCAAAAGGCAGGGAUUGAUACAGAGACGCGUCUUGCUCUGUGCGGGUAUCAUGUAAAGAGCAAAGUAUCUGGUGGCACAAUUGCGAGCAUUGUCGGCAAGGCUGCGUUCCCCAACUCGAUCCGUUUUACGCAGCCCUAUAUGCUGAGCCCUGUAAACGGCACACAGCGAUUGCAUGACUACUGGUCGCGCCGACUUCCUCAGUUCGGCAAAUGGGGCAGUUACUCUUUGUUUGCGGCACACAAUACACGUGUCGUGAACAGGUCGUGGGCCCUGCUGCAGCUUGCCGGAGCACCGCAACAGUAUGGCCCUACGUUUAUGUACGAGGAAGGCCUGGUCGCUAGUUCUCGAUUCGGUGCAUGGGUCCUCUCGUGCGUCUUCUUCUCCAUGACAUGGCUCAUCACGCAUGUUCGCGCGUUUGGCACGCUGCUCAAGCGUAUGAUUCCGCAAGGGACCGGCGGGUCGAUGACCGAACAGCUGCAAGGUUUUGCCGAUAUUCGCACCCUCGCCGUGAGCUGCGACGGCAGGACACAGUCAGAAUCGAAAAUAUUUGUACAGGGCGAUCCGGGCUACCUCAAGACGGCUGCCAUGGUAUCGGAAGUUGCACUUACGCUCGCACUGGAGCGUGCGAAGCUCUCUACACUUGCACAAGAAGGCGGCGUGCAUACAACGGCGACUGUCGGUGGCGAAGUAGUGCGCGACCGCUUGGCCAAGUACGCGGGCCUUCGCUUCGAGGCGAGAGAUGUGUCGCAUGCGAUGUAG